GUCUAUGCCCAUUCUGUUAACGGGUUAAUGUAUUCACAAACGAGAGGGCGACUCAGAUACGGGAAAUGUGCUAAAAAUACAUAGAUUUCGCGACAUAUCUAAAGACUGUGAUGUAUAAAGAUAUUUUGGACAUAGUUAUGCAAAAAGAGAUUGAUUUUAAUAUAUCAAUACGUUCAUCACGGGAAUUUCAAAACAAAACAUAUAAUAAGGUUCUAGCUGCCUCUAAGAAGAUCUAGUAAAAAGAACGAAAAGUUAGAACCUUUCUUCUCCGUGUAAAAAUCAGCUGAGGUUGCACAUGUAUGAACAAGCGGUUUAAGGAUUGGCAUUCAAGCACUGUAAUCGUAAACUUAAAAGGAAAUGGAUCUUUCAGGGAACCAGACAAAUUUUCUCAGUGGAUUAUUGGGAACCAGCAGUGGGUCUCUGGUCACAGAAACCUCUGCACUGAAUGGAACAUCUUCCCCCAAUAUGCAGGGGGUGUCAGCCCCAUCUUCCUUGGGGUUGACAGCAAUCCAGGUCUCCGGAACCAAUGGGAUAAUUCUAAUAAGCCAGCCCAUUAAGACCAGUCCUGUCGCCUCCAACUCCCUCACAUUCGCUUUGCCCGUAUCAGAUCAAGAUGUAAAAAUAUCAGCAGAGAAAUUGGAAAACAUGAACAAGUUAAAGGCACUUCUCACCGCUUCUCCCCUAAAGGUUGCCUCCCCAGUGUCUUCAGCUGGCAAUGCAGGGAACCUGAUGAAGAUCUCAUGUACAGCAACCCCUAUCCAUUCCCUCUCUCUCGGCAAUGCUUCUUUUCAGCCCACCCUCACACAAAUUUCCAGUCCAAGAACAGUCUCUAGUCUAGGCAGCUCCGAUGUGUUUCUUUGUAGUUCUAGUUCAUAUGGCGAAGUCAGAACCUCAAGUGACAUCAUCCUAAACAACCACUCCAACAAUAGCAGAUCUGUGACUCUACAAAUGGACAGUGUGGACUCCACGACCAAUGACCAGGUGUUGUAUCACCAGAACUCUAAUAAUACGCAGUCAUUAAUGAACUACAACUGUAUCUCAUCCAAAGACGACUCCUCCCAAGACAAGACCUCUGUGUUGCAUAAUCUAUUGACAAGUGGAGUGGAGUCCUCAGUGAUUGAUAGUCCAACAUCCAACUGUAGCCCUUUGAGUCCAGAAAUAGGUGUUCACAGCUCUGUGUCAUCGCCUGUGUUAUUUGAGACGAACACACAGUCAACUCUUAUUGCCAAGUCUGAACAGCUUAGGAUUGAACAUGACGAGGAUGUAAAAGUGGAAGAGUUUGCUUGGGAUGUUGUCAAUCAUGAGCCCAAGAAAUCUCUCAAGACCCACAGAAAUUCAAAUGCUGGGACGACUGUUGUGGACUGUGAGCCUGACAGUUUGUUUGACGCAGGAAGUGCUACGUCUCGUACAUCAGAGUUCACCUUUACGAAGUUUGGGGCUGAUGUGUCACCAAUUUUUACCUUUAGUGGAGAAAAAGAAAAGACCGAUACAAGUAGUACAUCUUCAGUGAGUAUAAUUUCCUCCUUGAGACCGGACUUCGACCCAGAAGAGUUAAAUGUUCCAGAGAUCACACAUAUACAGCUGUCUCCCAAAAUAAGUACGAAUCAUGUGACGCGAUCCCGACAAAGACUACGUGAUUUGUCCCUGAACCAGCAGUUCCCAUGCCGCGUGCCAGGGUAUGAGAUUCAGAUCCAGGACCAGCCCGAGGAACAACACAGGGCUAGGUACCUGACUGAAGGGAGCAGGGGUGCUGUCAAAAACAAGGCAGGGGACGGACAUGCUGUAGUCAAGUUGAUUGGCAAAGUGGAAUCUGCUUUGCUGUGGGUGUUUGUGGGUAACGACACUGGUCGUGUGAAGCCACAUGGCUUCUACCAGGCCUGUAAAGUCUGCGGAAAAAAUUCCACACCGUGCCGUGAAAGGGACAUUGAGGGAACAACUGUGAUAGAAAUGAGUAUGAAGUCUGCUACAGACAUGAGUGUUUCGGUUGAUAAUGUAGGAAUAUUAAAGCUUAGAAAUGCAGAUGUUGAACAAAGGAUAGGAUUAGCUAAAGCCAAGAAGAAAAGCACCAGGGCUCGCUUGAUAUUCAGGGUGAUGUUUCAGAAGGCUGACGGCAACAUGCAAACACUACAGAUUUCCUCCAACUCAAUAUUGUGUACCCAGCCCAUUGGUCAGCCUGAGAUUUGUAAGAUUAGCUGCAGGGAAUCCUCAGUUGAGGGAGGAGGAGAGCUCUUCAUUAUUGGGAAAAACUUUAUGAAGGGGACCAAAGUUUUCUUCCAAGAGAGGGAAGACGAUGAUGAGGAAGGAGAGAUAACUUGGCAGAAAGAGGCUGAUGUGGAUAAGGACUAUUUCCAGCAGACUCAUCUAGUGUGUACCAUACCACCGUACCAUAACCUGGAAAUUGUCAAACCUAAGAGAAUACAAUUGGUUGUCCAUUGUGCUGGUAAGGCUAGCGACCCAGUGCAGUUCAUGUAUACUCAAGUUGUCCAAGCUCCUCCAACUCCCAGGAAACAACAGCAGGAAACUCCUAUGGAGACGGACAACAACUUCCAGAAGCGCCGCAUGUCCUUCACAGUGUCUCCAGAGGCAUUGGAAUUGAAUAAUCAGAUACAACAGACCCAGCAACAGGCAGAGGAUGGAUCAGGGAUGUUUCAGCUGCCCCCGGGGACCCUCAACAUGGACAUGAAAAUGCAGGUAGAUUCUCCACAAAACAUGGAUACCAAGGAAAACAUGAUUCAGUCACAGGUGAUAGAGCAUACGAGCAACAUGGGUUCUCCAUCAAUGUCAUUGGGAGACCUAAAUCAGCAGGUCUUAAGCCCAGCAGAGACUUUAAUGAAUACCCCAGUAUCCAUAGGAAAUUCAAUGUUCCAGCAAGGAGUGGUCACGAAACAGGAGACAAUCGACAGUAUUCUCCAACAAGGAAGCCCUGCAGUCCACCAACAGCCAUCUAGUCCCAUGUUACAAGGGACCAAUCCCAUGAUGCAACAACAGGGAACUCUAGGUAUUUCCGAUCAUGUAAAUGAGAGCACUGGAAAUCAUCAACAAAGUUUUGGACUGAAUAUAGAAAGCCUUGUCGGCCAAGGAAACCAUCAUCACAUUGACAUGGAAAAAAUACUAUCUGGCGGUUUACAUGGAAAUGCUAAUUUAGGUGUAGGGAGUGUGACUUCGACUGCUUCUGAGAUGAUCUCUAGUCACUUAAGUGGUACCAUGGUAACAAGCACUCAACCAUUAACUCAACUAAGUAGACAGAACAGCAGUAAUUCUUUAACAUCCAAUAGCUCAAAUUCAUACAAUGUGCAUGGAUACAGUGCACAAAACAAUAUUCUGGACGUCUCACAAGACUUUGCAAACAUUUUGCAAGAUGCCAAAAAGGACCAUCCAGAAAACAUUGAUAAAAUGGCAGAAGCUAUUCUGAACGAGAAAUGGAACCCAUCUGAGCUACAUGAGCAGUCACAUACUCCUGCACCAGAGACGACCCCCCAGUUCCCUCAGAACAGUUACCACGCCUCGUCCAGUAUAGCCCAGCUGCUGGCCACACACCUGGCCUCCCUCCAGUCCAAUAGAGCAAAUUCAACAGCCAAUUUUCAGACCACACAUUCAUUUCCAACUUCAAAUGGUGUCGGUCAAAAUGGCCUUCAGAAUUUUGCACCCAGUCAGGGGAUCAGUUUAGCAGGGCUCACCAAUGCUGGUGUCGAGACUUCUGUCACGCAAACUCUUUUGAGAAAUAUGAAUAUUCCCCUUCAUAACAUUACAACACAGAAUACAGUGACAACUUCUGCCAACAAGGUUCAGAUGUCAACUCAACAGUUGUUGAUGAACGGCAGUCCUAUUUACACACAAAACAUCAAUGGACAUCUGCAGCAGCAGCAGCAACAGCCACAACAUCAACAACAACAUCAACAACAACAACAACAACAGAGUGUCCCCCAGAUAAUUAUAUGUAACCCUCCUGCUGCAUCCCAGUCCCUGAGUCAGCCCCAGCAGUCCACGCCUAGCAGUUUUGUGCCAAACCCGGCUCCUGCCCAGCAACCCCCUAGUAUUGUUAUCCUCGGGGGUCAAGGGGGAAAUCCCUCCUCACAGGGUAAUAAUCAGCUUCAAGUUGAAAAUUUACUGCGGUCCAUUCUAGACAGUUUGCGGCCCCAAGGAGGCUCCAACUAAGGACUUUGUGCUUAUUGUUACCAAGGAAACAGCAUUAGUGAUCCAAUAGACAGACUUUCUUCAGUAUUUAUUUUAACAAAUCUUUUGUGAUAUAAUUUUUUUGGUGUUUUAUCCAUUUAUGAAUGUUUUCCCCAUUAGUUUUUCUCUUAUCUCAUUGUAUUCCAAUACGUAUACUAAAGUUACUUAAAAAAACGAACAUGGUAGUAUAGUGCCAUUUUUUCCCAUUGUAUUUGUUAGAUUAUUUAUGUGAAAUUAUCUUUAUUACCUUAAUUUUUGGAAAUCAAAUCACAAGUUUAUUUGUACUUUUAUGUUAUCAUGCAUUUAUAUUAUAUUAUGACAGUAUUUAAUAAAAGGGUUCUGGAUUACAAAAAAAAAAUAUAUAUAUAAUAAACAACAGAUUUCAGAUAUAUUAUCAUGUGUAAUUUUAAGAAUGAACACAGUCAAACUGAUUUUGUACAAUUUUUGAUUUGGAAACAGAUUAUAUGGUUGUUUUAGAUGGUUGUUAGUACAUGUACAUGUACUCCCAACAAGAUAACAAAUACUAGUACCACUUGGGUACUUUACAAUUAAAGAUUUCAGAACACUGUUGAACAUAUUAAUCAGAAUUGAAUAUUGAGAAUUUGUCAAAACAAUGAAUUUUAGAUAUUGUAUUGUGUUCAAUAAUUUUAACAUUUUAUUGUUUUUGGAAAUCAGAAAAGAAGCAAGAUUUUAAUUUCUACUUUGUCAUUUUGUGGGCAGCUUGAACAUUUUGUGCAUCUAAUCAUGUUUUAUUUGUAAAUAUAUAUUAAUAAUUCUGCAUUGUGUGUGCAUAUUGGAUUUUAAAAUGAAACAGAGGGGGAAAAAAAUUUUUUGCUGAACUGAAGUUAGUGAUCCAUGAAGAUAGGUAGAAUCAAUUUCAUUCAUUAGUUAAAAAAAAAAAAAAAGUUGACAUCCUACUCCUUAAGAAGUUACUGUUAACAAAAAUAUCACAUUACCUGGAAUUUCUCCAUAGUGAAUUUUUUUCAUCUUUUUUUUUCUUGAUAAAACGUCAUUAACUAAAAAAAUAUUUCCCUCCAAAAAAAUUAUAAAAUAUGAUACGCUACUGGAAUUUAUCUCACUCCUCAUGACUUUCUUGUGUUGAAAAAAUCCUUGUUAAAAGAAAUAAGUGUUAAAUUUAGGGGAUAAAUUAAUCUUUCUGUUAUAAGCAAAAUAUUUUAAAAUGUCAUGUAAAGAAAAAUUUUUGAUUGUAUAGAGUUAAUAAAUAUUAAUGUGAUAUUGCUUAGUGCUAGAUGGGCAGACACCCUUUAUAGAUUAUUAUAUCAGAUCAAGUACUAGGUAAUAUGAAUUGGUGCUGUGUUGAAAUAUUAUGGUUUGUUUUAAAAUGCAAAACAGAAAUAUUUUCCUAUAUAUUUGUCACAUGGUAUUUUUAAUGUACAUAUCGAGUGAAACAACUGUAUUUUGUACCUUUAGCAACUUCUCUGUCUCUGAAAUUACAAAUGUGAGUCAUCAUUUUUGGUCAUCGUACAUUUUUGUUCAGUCCUAGCACAACAUUUAAAAGCUCUACAUAUAUAUGUAAGAAAAUAUAUGUAAGAAACUAUAAGAUUUACAACAAGUUUGUGAGGAGGGGGAUCAGAAACAAUGAAAAUGAUGAAAAUACAAUGAAUUAGACCAUUUCCCCAAAAAUUGAAUUUUCUUUUGGUCAUUUUCAGUACAAACACAUGCUAAAAGUUCAUAGCUUUAAGUAAUUUAGAACAAUGGGCUUGUAUAAAGAAGUUUUCCCAGGUGUACGGAGGACCCUUAGAAUAAUUAAAGGAAGAAAACUUGGUACACUGUUAAAGAGCACUGCGUCCUCAUUUGUACAAAUUUAGUGUUGGAAGUUUGAUAUUGAACAAUGUACACUUUGACUCCUAUUGAAAUUCUAUGAUUUUUUAUUGCUAUUUUUUUUUCUCCUUAAAAUCUGUCCAAAUUUUUUAUAUUGUACAUAGUGUAAAUAUGCUAUUAAUAGUUGACUUAACAGAAAAGUUAAGUUCAGCUUAAGUUUUCAGUGUAGCGCACUAAAAUGGAAAGCUUCACCGAUUUCAAUUUUAACAGACUACUGAUGUACGGAUGCCACUCUAGAUAGCAAUUGUGAAUGUGUCAAUUCGGAGAACAAUGAAUCUCAAGCCAAAGUCUGCCGACGUUGCUUUUACUGUGAAAGCUGGAUUGCUUAAUGUGAAAUCAAAUUGCAUGCACUAUGUCUUGCACUGUAUCUCAUUUAUGUACUACCGGUAAUUGAUAGACACAACUUUGCUUGCCCAGAGGCUUUAAUUUUGAGUCUUGUCAUUUCAUUCCUCAUAACAUUAUUUGUGUGCAGUGUUGACCUGGCAAUACAGGUCAGCUGGGCUUGUUUUGUAUAGAUAAUAGUUUUUUUUUUGUUUUCAGCUUGUUAUAGUUUUAUUUGUUAAACUUUUUUUCCCUUUGACUGCGAAAUCCUGAUUUUAUUGAAACAUUUUGCUACAAAAUUGAAAACAUCAGAAUUGAUUCAUUUGUUAGAGGUGAAAAUGCAACAAUAUUAAGAGAUUCUGUGAUUUUUAAAUGUUAGGGCAGAAAUUCCACUGGCUUUUUGUAUGUAUUUUGAUGGCACUUUCAAUUUAUAAUUCUGAUGUUAUAAAUACUCAAGAAAAAUCUUUAGCGAACAUUGUUUUCAACAUCUUGCUGCUUCUCCCAUGUAUGGAGUACUUUAUUAUUGUAAUCAAUUUUACUUUUGUUUACUAAAUGUCACAUUGAUUAUAAAAAACUUAAACCAA